AAAGAUGGAGUGAUGGGGGCGUAUCAGGAAGGAGAUGAGGGAUGAUGGAGAGAGUGAUGUGGAGGGAGAGAGAUGCCUGUGAGCUCACACUGGACCCAAACACAGCAUACAGAGACCUCUCUCUGUCUGAGGAGAACAGAAAGGUGACAUGGAGGAGAGAGGAGCAGCCGUAUCCUGAUCACCCAGAGAGAUUUGAGGACUAUCCACAGGUGCUGUGUAGAGAGGGUCUGUCUGGGCGCUGUUACUGGGAGGCAGAGUGGAGUGGAAGAUGGGUUCUUAUAGCAGUGACAUAUAAAGGAAUCAGCAGGAGAGGAUGGGGUGAUGACUGUGAGCUUGGAGACAAUAACAAGUCCUGGAGUCUGAGGUGUGAUGAUAACAGUUACUCUGCCUGGCACAAUAAGAAGAUCACUGCCAUACCUGCCCCCCCCUCCAGCUCCCUCAGAGUAGGAGUGUAUCUGGACUGGCCGGCCGGCACUCUGUCCUUCUACACAGUCUCCUCUGACACACUGACCCACCUGCACACAUUCCACAGCACAUUCACUGAGCCCCUCUAUCCUGGGUUCUGGGUUUAUCCUGGCUCCUCAGUGUCCCUGUGUCAGGUAGAAUAGCCCACACACACUCUCACACACUGUGCUCACAUAGAUGGCAGUGAAGAUUGAACUGUACACAGUUGGAAUUGAUAUCCCAGAGUGUUUGUAAAUAUUGGUGUGUGUAGAAUGUUUGUUUUGUUUGAACCUUUUAGAUGUAAAUAUUACUAAUAUUAAAUAUUAUUAAUAUCUCUAAAUAUUACCAACUCACCAGAGUGAGUUCUUUUUCCAAAACGGAAGCUAGCUAGCUUUAGUUAGCUUCCGUUACCUAGCAACCCUAAUACUGGUAGCAAUGCUACUACCUGCUAGUGUUACUUGUUAGCCUCCUAAUUGUACAUUUUGAAGCCAUAUUAUAGCGUUUGUCAUCUAGUUUUUAUCGGAAAAUAGUCAGUUGUAUUAUUCAGGAUCACAUGUGAUGCUUCUCCUUAACAAGUUAAUUGUUGACAAACAACAAUCCUGUCUUUGAUCUCAGUCCCACUGAAUGUGAUGAACUAAAUAGUGUCUUACUGACUAAAUAAGGAGAAAUAAAGAUGUUUUGUACAGGA